UCUUCAUCUACCGUGCAACAUAUUGAUUACGUCCAAACCAGGUGCCCAACCAACCAAGUCAUCGCGAACUCCAAACAGCAUUUAAGAGAGAACAUCAAGAUGUCCGUAUAGCAAGUGCAAUCAUUCCAUGACGCUGAAAGCAGAAUAAUUUAUUAAAAACAAAAGGAAACGCCAUGCUGAUUUAACCGGAGGAAACCAGAUCGUAAUAAAAUAAAGCCAAAUCCACAAGCAGUCAAAAAGCACAAACGAAAGCAUACAUCAACGCAACGAAACAAAACAAAAAGCGUGCUUGCUACUCGUAUCGUGAUACAUGAAAGUCUGCCUAUCGCAACCGCAACCGCAACCCCAUCGCAACCAAACAGACUACCAAAAAGCGCAAACCAAAAGCACAACCAGAACCAAAAUGACGACCGUGGCCAUAACGAGCGAUCUGGAGCCCUAUCUGGCCUCCCUUCGAUCCUAUCUAGCUAGAGAGAAGAUGGAUUCGUCGUCGUCGUCGUCAUCGAUGUCUCCUCGACCGGAGGUAGAAGAUGCAGAGGGAAGCGAUGAGAACUCGACAAGCUCCCCUGGAUCGCGACCACCGAUGGUGGAGGAUUCACGGCGGGAGGUGAAGCGUGAGGUGAACAGAAAGGUUGAAAAAUAUACAGCCCGGCCGGUUGGUAAAGAGUCUAUCCCGAGAUCUUCUUUACCCUAGGAA